CAAUUUGGAGGUCUUAACACACCCUAUCCAGGUGGACUAAACACUCCAUACCCAGGUGGAAUGACACCAGGAUUGAUGACACCUGGCACCGGUGAGCUGGACAUGAGGAAGAUUGGCCAAGCCAGGAACACUCUGAUGGACAUGACUGUCUCACAGGUGUCUGACUCCGUGAGUGGACAGACCGUCGUUGACCCCAAAGGCUACCUGACGGAUUUAAAUUCCAUGAUCCCGACACACGGAGGGGACAUCAAUGAUAUCAAGAAGGCACGACUGCUCCUCAAGUCUGUUCGGGAGACGAACCCUCAUCACCCGCCAGCCUGGAUUGCGUCAGCCCGCCUGGAAGAAGUCACUGGGAAGCUACAAGUAGCUCGGAACCUUAUCAUGAAGGGGACAGAGAUGUGCCCCAAGAGUGAAGAUGUCUGGCUGGAAGCAGCCAGGUUGCAGCCUGGGGACACAGCCAAGGCCGUGGUAGCCCAAGCUGUCCGUCAUCUCCCACAGUCUGUCAGGAUUUACAUCAGAGCAGCAGAGCUGGAAACAGACAUUCGCGCAAAGAAGCGGGUUCUUCGGAAAGCCCUCGAGCAUGUUCCAAACUCGGUUCGCUUGUGGAAAGCAGCUGUUGAGCUGGAAGAGCCUGAAGAUGCCAGAAUCAUGCUGAGUCGGGCUGUGGAGUGCUGCCCCACCAGUGUGGAGCUCUGGCUUGCUCUGGCGAGGCUGGAGACCUAUGAAAAUGCCCGCAAGGUCUUGAACAAGGCGCGAGAGAACAUUCCUACAGACCGGCACAUCUGGAUCACGGCCGCUAAGCUGGAGGAAGCCAAUGGGAACACACAGAUGGUGGAGAAGAUCAUUGACCGAGCCAUCACCUCGCUGCGGGCCAACGGUGUGGAGAUCAACCGCGAGCAGUGGAUCCAGGAUGCCGAGGAAUGUGACAGGGCUGGGAGUGUGGCCACCUGCCAGGCUGUCAUGCGUGCCGUGAUUGGGAUUGGGAUUGAGGAGGAAGAUCGGAAGCACACCUGGAUGGAGGAUGCCGACAGUUGUGUAGCCCACAAUGCCCUGGAGUGUGCACGAGCCAUCUACGCCUACGCCCUGCAGGUGUUUCCCAGCAAGAAGAGUGUGUGGCUGCGUGCCGCGUACUUCGAGAAGAACCAUGGCACUCGGGAGUCCCUGGAAGCCCUCCUACAGAGGGCUGUGGCCCACUGCCCCAAAGCGGAGGUGCUCUGGCUCAUGGGCGCCAAGUCCAAGUGGCUGGCAGGGGAUGUGCCCGCAGCAAGGAGCAUCCUGGCUCUGGCCUUCCAGGCCAACCCCAACAGUGAGGAGAUCUGGCUGGCGGCCGUGAAGCUGGAGUCCGAGAAUGAUGAGUACGAGCGGGCCCGGAGGCUGCUGGCCAAGGCGCGGAGCAGCGCCCCCACCGCCCGGGUGUUCAUGAAGUCUGUGAAGCUGGAGUGGGUGCAAGACAACAUCAGGGCAGCCCAGGAUCUGUGUGAGGAGGCCCUGCGGCACUAUGAGGACUUCCCCAAGCUGUGGAUGAUGAAGGGGCAGAUCGAGGAGCAGAAGGAGAUGAUGGAGAAGGCGCGGGAAGCCUAUAACCAGGGGUUGAAGAAGUGUCCCCACUCCACACCCCUGUGGCUUCUGCUCUCUCGGCUGGAGGAGAAGGUUGGGCAGCUAACUCGAGCCCGGGCCAUUUUGGAAAAGUCUCGUCUGAAGAACCCAAAGAACCCUGGGCUGUGGCUGGAGUCGGUGCGGCUGGAGUACCGUGCAGGGCUGAAGAACAUCGCAAAUACGCUCAUGGCCAAGGCGCUGCAGGAGUGCCCUAACUCUGGUAAGGGGAUUUCCAGAUCAGCCCAGGCCCUGCUCCUUGGGCCUUCUUGCGGGGAGCUCCAGGGCCGCGGGUCAGGGAUGAAGCUGAUAGCCCUGGAGCCCUUCCCCUGCCCCAGGGCACUGUCCUGCAGCCACUCACUCUGGUUCCCGUCCUUCUUCCGGAACAGGCUGUUUUGGAGUCAGCGGAAGAUCACCAAGGCCAGGGAGUGGUUCCACCGCACUGUGAAGAUUGACUCGGACCUGGGGGAUGCCUGGGCCUUCUUCUACAAGUUUGAGCUGCAGCAUGGCACUGAGGAGCAGCAGGAGGAGGUGCGGAAGCGCUGCGAGAGUGCAGAGCCGCGGCAUGGGGAGCUGUGGUGCGCCGUGUCCAAGGACAUCGCCAACUGGCAGAAGAAGAUCGGGGACAUCCUUAGGCUGGUGGCCGGCCGCAUCAAGAACACCUUCUGAUUGGCCGGUCGCUCGCCGUGGCCGGUCUCCGUGGGGCAGGGUUGGGCCGCACGUGGGAGGGCCUGUGGAAGGGCCCUGAGCCGUGUCCUCCUUCAUUAAAAGUUUU